GUUUGUGUCCAUGAACAGGAUGCGGCAACGCGGCCUGCUCUGCGACAUCGUGCUGCAUGUGGCCAACAAGGAGAUCAAGGCUCACAAAGUGGUGCUGGCGUCCUGCAGCCCCUACUUCCAUGCCAUGUUUACUAGAUUUUUGAAUCCGUUUCUGAUAUUAAAGCUAGGACUGUGCAAGCUAAAUUUGUUCAGCCUAUUUGUUCCUAUUGAAUCACUUCCUGUUUUACCUCCUUUCCCCACUGGCCUAUGUUUUCCAUGUGUAUUCUUUUCCCUUUCCGGUCUUAGGUCAGCAGGGGUCUUGUUUUUUCUUAUUUGUCAUCCCUCAUCAGGCUACAGUGUGAUGUUACAGUAUGUCUAAGGACAGAGUGCAAAGUAGUUUAGUGUUACUGUUCUGAUCUUACCACACACCAACACACGUCUGACUUCAUCUCAAACCUCUGAGCAGUUCAUUUAAACCAAAGUGUAUGAGCACCCCUCACUGAGAAGAAGAGCUUAUAGGUGAAAAUACUAGCUGGAGACAAGGGGAAAUAGUAAAUGUCAAAGAAACACCUCUUCGACUCAGUAGCCUGGUUUGACAAACACUUUUAUUUCAUUUAAGUGUCUUAAUUUAACCCAGGCUUUAUUAUCAGCAUGCUUUCUAACCCCACAUUAACCCGACCUUUCUUUUAUAUCAAAUCUGCUAUAUCAAAUUGUGUGUGUGUGUGUGUGUGUGUGUAGAUGAGAUGUCGGAGAGCCGUCAGACCCACGUUACACUGCAUGACAUUGAUCCACAGGCAUUGGAGCAGUUGGUUCAGUAUGCCUACACCGCUGAGAUAGUAGUGGGAGAAGGAAAUGUGCAGACGCUGCUCCCGGCGGCCAGCCUCCUGCAGCUGAAUGGAGUAAGAGAUGCCUGCUGCAAGUUCCUUCUCGGUCAGCUGGACCCCUCUAACUGCCUGGGCAUCCGUGGCUUUGCUGACACACACUCCUGCAGUGACCUGCUCAAGUCUGCUCACAAAUAUGUUCUGCAGCAUUUUGUGGAGGUGUCCAAGACCGAGGAGUUCAUGCUGCUGCCUCUCAAACAGGUGCUGGACCUUAUCUCUAGUGACAAUUUAAAUGUUCCAUCAGAAGAGGAAGUGUACAGGGCCGUAUUGAGCUGGGUUAAGCAUGAUAUUGAUGGGCGAAGGCAACAUGUACCCAGGCUGAUGAAGUGUGUGCGUCUGCCGUUGUUGACGCGGGAUUUCCUAAUGAGUAACGUGGACACGGAGCUGCUGGUGCGCCACCACUCGGAGUGUAAAGAUCUGUUGAUAGAAGCACUUAAAUAUCAUCUGAUGCCCGAGCAGAGGGGUGUGCUGAGUAACUGUCGCACUCGGCCCCGUCGCUGUGAGGGUGCCAGCCCUGUGCUGUUUGCUGUGGGUGGCGGCAGUCUCUUUGCCAUACAUGGAGACUGUGAGGCCUACGACACCAGGACAGACCGCUGGCACAUGGUGGCGUCUAUGUCUACACGACGGGCCCGAGUUGGAGUUGCUGCUAUUGGGAAUAAGCUGUAUGCUGUAGGCGGGUAUGACGGCACAUCUGACUUGGCCACUGUUGAGUCAUAUGAUCCUGUGACCAAUGGCUGGCAACCAGAGGUAUCUAUGGGAACCAGGAGGAGCUGUCUGGGUGUGGCAGUGCUUCAUGGUUUACUCUAUGCAGCUGGAGGCUAUGAUGGUGCAUCCUGUCUUAACAGUGCAGAGAGGUAUGACCCACUAACUGGCACCUGGACCUCCACUGCUGCCAUGAGUACCAGGAGAAGAUAUGUGAGAGUGGCCACACUAGAUGGCAGUCUGUAUGCAGUUGGUGGAUAUGAUAGCUCCUCACACCUAGCCACAGUAGAGAAAUAUGAUCCACAGAGUAAUGCAUGGACUGCCAUAGCCAACAUGCUAAGCCGGAGGAGCAGUGCUGGUGUUGCUGUAUUGGAGGGAAUGCUUUAUGUUGCUGGAGGCAAUGAUGGAACAAGCUGUCUGAACUCAGUAGAGCGGUAUAACCCUAAAACCAACACAUGGGAAGGAGUGGCCCCGAUGAACAUCCGGAGGAGUACUCAUGACCUGGUGGCCAUGGAUGGCUGGCUCUAUGCUGUUGGAGGAAAUGAUGGCAGCUCCAGCCUCAACUCCAUCGAGAAGUACAAUCCACGCAGCAACAAGUGGGUGGCGGCGUCGUGCAUGUUCACACGCCGUAGCAGUGUAGGAGUGGCCGUCCUGGAGCUGCUCAACUUCCCUCCACCAUCCUCACCCACGUUAUCCGUCUCCUCCACCAGUCUUUGACAAAGGGUGAAGACCCGACUGAGCUCUAGCGGCCUGCCCUGUGUGGCCAAGAGGCGCAACUGCUCAGUGUGAGCUCUGGUGGUGGGAGAAGCGAUUUAUGGACCAUAGCACAGGUGAAGAGAGGUAAAACAGUUAAAUAUGAAAAGUGAAGCCCACAAACUUCUGCCCUCCUCACCCUGCACCUUCCACCCCGAUGCUUGAAAGUGCAGAGUCUCUCUGCCAUUUUUAAGUCACUUGUAUAUGAUGUAUACUGUAAUGUAUUUGUUUUUUUUUUAAAUAAUGAUACUGCAAUAAUAUAUAAAAAUUAAAUAUUUCACCUAGGAAUGUAGUUCUUGGGUUCUGCCUUGCAUGUUUACUGAAAUUUGGUCUUGGCAGAAUAAAACAUUGUAGUGCUGCUGUGCCACACUAGGUGGCAGUGAUGUGCAACGCUGCCACAUUUCACCAUUGUGCAUGGACACACCCAAGCAGAGAGACUUCAUACAGUGCUGGAUGAUAUAAACAUACUCUAAAUGUUGACCAGAGAAUUCUAAUACAUGUUGAAUAUAUUUUCUUAUUUAUUUUAUUAAAUGUAAAAAAAAAAACACGACACUAAUUCAGAGAUGUUUUAUGCAGAAGGACCACUUUGUGGGAAAAAACAUGAUGUCUGAUAUUUAAAUAUCAAAUAAGUGAGAAUGUUGGAGGUUUUUUCUGUGUAGUAAAUAAUAUUGAGUUCAUAGACAUGUAGCCAUGUAUCUGAAGCCUUGAUAAAUUACUGUGUAUGACUCUGCAAUCAUACCAUGAAUAAAGGGGGACGAUGUAGAGACAGGAUUCUCUAUUAAGGGGUAUAGCCAUACUGAAAGUAGAUGUGACCUACAGCAACCUCACAUUACCUCACAUUCAUUUUCAUGUAGUGUUCACAGGUUUGUCUUGAGAAAGACAAACCCACUGCUUUUGAUUAAUUCUAGUCAGUUGCAGAUACUUAAUCCUAUUUCCUUCACUUGUAUAGGAUUCGGUCUUGUGUAUAUAUUGCAUUUCAGUACAUUCGGUUCUUUUACACCAUCGGGUUCAAUCUGGUUAGAGAGGGAGAGAGAGAAAGAGAGAGGAUGUGUGUGUGUGUGCUGCUGAGAUGUCAUGGGUAUUAGCAACUACCAAUGCAUCCUACAUUAGAGGAGAAAACCGACUUGGAGAAUUGUGACAGUGAGGAUGCAGGAUUAUAAAACCCUUACUCAUUGUCACAUACACUUUGAUUAAUAAAUGUAGCAUAACUUCUAAGAAGUUACAACUUUUUUAUUUUCCUUUUUGAAUGAUGUGCUAAGAUAGAAGAUAGACCUGUGCUAAGACAGAAGAUGCAGGGAUUAUGAGUGAUAAUUCAGUCUAUAGAGACUCUCUGUUCAUUUCUGUGGCAGAGACGGUGCCAUGCUGGUUUGAGCAUUUUUUUUCCAGGAUAACUAACCCUGAGGAAAAGAAAAGACUUUACAUUAACGGAAAUUCAUAUUCAACCGUGCAAUGUGUAUGUAAACAUGACUUUUUUCAGUUCAUUUUGUUUUAAAUGUUUUGUGUUGUUUAUUUAUAAUGUUUUGUUAUAUUUAUUAAGGAAACUUAAUUAUUACUUAUUUUUUGCACUAUUCUCAGAUGGAGCAAUAU